GAGACAAACAGAAACAUAGUGGGUCAGACAGAUCAAGAGUGUGUCACUGUGUCCCUCACACACAAACACACACAGAGUGAAAAUUUAUUAUAUAUUCCCACAGGAUUAACCUACAACUAUGGUUUCCGACCAAGAACUAGCCAAACAGAUUCAGAUUCUACUCACCCAAUCAUCAUUCGCCACGCUCAAUGAUCUUGUUAACCACCUCAGUCAAACCCUAGGGUUUGAUUUAUCCCACAAAGCCCAUUUCAUUCGUGACCAAAUCAACCUACUAAAUUACCGAUCACAAUCUCAACCCCACAACCCUCCUCCUCCCCCGCCGCCGCUACCGGUACCGGCUGCUGGUCGGCCGCCGGUGAGUGUCGCCGGGAGACCUGCAGACCAGUUUUUAUAUCAACAGGCCCAGUUUGGUUACAAUCAGCAAGUUCAGCAGCCUCAUUUUGUGUUUCAACAACAACCGCACCGCCCGGGGCACCCCGUGGAGCUUAGGUUUGGGAAUCCUGAGGUGCGAGAGCAGUCGGAAGGGCGGGCGGUGCAGGAAGUGAAGUAUGAAGGAGUUUCAGUUGAAAAUGCGGUUUGGAAAUCGUCGGAAAAGCUCAAGAAAGGGGGUUCUGGCAACAAAAGAAGGGGUGGACCAGGAGGGUUAAAUAAGCUCUGUGGUAUUUCACCUGAGCUUCAAGUUAUUGUUGGCGAAUCAUCGUUAUCAAGAACUGAUGUCUGCAAACAACUAUGGGCCUACAUAAAGAAAAACAACCUCCAGGAUCCAGGCAACAAGAGAAAGAUAAUUUGCGAUGAUGCGUUGCGUGUGGUAUUCGAAACCGAUUGCACUGAUAUGUUCAAGAUGAAUAAGUUGCUUGCCAAACACAUAAUUCCACUUGAACCUACAAAGGAAACGUCUCGUAAGAAAUCAAAGGUCAAUGAUGAGCCUAAAGCUGAAAGUAACGAUUUUGUUCCGUCUCAAGUUAUAAUAUCUGAAGCACUUGCUAAUUGUCUGGAUACGCUAGAAAGAGAAAUGUCGGAAUCAGAGGCGCUAAGACUUGUUUGGGAGUACAUAAAAGUUAAUGAUCUUGAGGAUCCUCAAAAUUCGGUGAUGGUUCUAUGUGAUGAAAAGCUUAAGGAGCUUUUUGGAUGUGAAACCAUUUCUGCAAUGGAUAUACCUCAGUUUUUGGUCAACCACCAUUUACUUAAGCGAUGAUGAUCUAAUCAAAAUAUGUUGACUGGUAUACAACUAAUGAUAGAUGGUAAUCUCAGGCUUAAUGAUCUCUUGUGAAGUAACUCGGUAGUCGGUACUUUUAUGUUUGAUUUCUUUAUUUUUCUUUUCGUGUGGUUGACAUGGUUAGAGAAGGGUGAUAUUGUUUGUAAAUCAAAUCUGAAUUUUUAAUUGUAAGGCUGUUAGUCCUUGAUCCAAAUCUUGUAGAAUCUUUGUAGUUCGACAACUUUUAGCUGAUGCCUGAUGUCUCCCUGCUAUCCUUGUACUCAGUGUCUGGGUCUGCGUCGGGUAGGAUCGGCCCAUUGGGCCUGAUCUAGCCCAUAGCCCCCUCUUUUAUAUGUGUGUGUGUGAGAGAGAGAGAGAGAGAGAGAGAGAGAUAGAGAGAGAGAUGCAUUUAAUACAAAAUAUGGUUACACAUACUGACUUGAUUGUCGAUGGGUGUUCCCUAAGGCUACACCUUCGGGUUACAACCGUCUAAUGGUUUAUCUAUAUGUUGCAGCCUAGAUCAAAGGUUGGGACUCGGGAAAGCUAGAACGGGUCCAGCCCAACAGCCUAACAAGACCCAGCUAGAAAAUGUAGCAGCAAUCAAAAAUCAUAAUCAACGUAUAGAUCGGUUAACUUCUAUAAGUCUUUCUAAUAAUGAAUAAUAGCAAUGCUAAUGUGACUAGGCUGCACAAAACAUAAGCAGCUUUUUUCCUUUCA